AUGGACCUUGAUGAUCCACCACGCCCAGCUACUAUCGUCACGACCACUCCUCGUGCUGCUCCCGUAACUGCCACAACUAGUUUCCCCGGUGCCAUGCCUGUUACUACCAACGGUGGACUGGUCAUUUACGUCUCGAACGAGAAUCACAACAAUAACAACAUUAACAUUGACAACACAGAUAAGAACAGCAUUGACAACAAUAACAGCAUCAACAACGAUAAUCAAAAUGAUAACUGGAACAAUGCAGAUGCGGCCAGUUCAGUAAUCCACAGUGGUUCUUCAGCGCUGAAACCUGGAGGAUUCGCUGGGAUUGCCAUUGCCUUGGCAAUUCGCUCAAUCAUCCGGGUCGUUAUAUGA